AUGUCUCGUAGUACAGGUAGUAAUAGAAAAGGCCAAGCAAUUGGUAUUGAUUUGGGAACAACUUAUUCUUGUGUGGGAGUAUUUCAACAUGGUAAAGUUGAAAUAAUUGCAAAUGAUCAAGGAAAUCGAACAACACCAUCUUAUGUUGCAUUUACCGAUACUGAACGUUUAAUUGGUGAUGCUGCUAAAAAUCAAGCAGCUAUGAAUCCACCAAAUACAGUAUUUGAUGCUAAACGUUUAAUCGGACGACGUUUUGAUGAAGAAACUGUACAACAAGAUAUUAAAUUAUGGCCAUUUAAAGUUGUUAAUGGUAAAGAGCGAAAGCCCUUCAUUGAAGUUGAAUAUAAAGGUGAAAGAAAACUUUUUUCACCAGAAGAAAUUUCUUCAAUGGUAUUAACAAAAAUGAAAGAAACAGCAGAAGCUUUCUUAGGUACAACUGUUAAACAAGCUGUUGUUACAGUUCCUGCCUAUUUUAACGAUUCACAACGACAGGCAACGAAAGAUGCAGGUACUAUUGCUGGUCUUGAUGUGCUUCGUAUUAUAAAUGAACCAACAGCUGCUGCACUUGCUUAUGGUCUAGAGAAAAAACUUCACCGUGAUCAAAAUAUUCUUAUUUAUGAUCUUGGUGGCGGUACAUUUGAUGUAUCUAUUUUAACAAUAAGUGGUGGUGAUGAAGGUGGUUCAGUAUUUGAAGUAAAAUCUACUGCUGGUGAUACACAUUUAGGUGGUGAAGAUUUUGAUAAUCGUUUAGUUCAACAUUUUAUUGAAGAAUUUCGUCGUAAACAUGGUAAAGAUAUAUCCAAAAAUCCGAAAGCUAUACGACGUUUACGAAGUGCAUGUGAACGUGCUAAACGAACAUUAUCAUCAUCAACAACAGCUUCAAUGGAAAUCGAUUCCCUUUUUGAAGGAGUUGAUUUUAAUACACAAAUAAGUCGUGCUCGAUUUGAAGAGCUUAAUAUGGAUUACUUUCGAGGUACAAUAGGACCUGUUGAACGAGCUCUUAAAGAUGCUAAAUUACAAAAACGUGAUAUCGAAGAAGUUGUACUCGUCGGUGGUUCAACACGUAUACCAAAAGUUCAACAAUUAUUAUCAGAAUUUUUUAAUGGAAAAACAUUAAAUAAAAAUAUUAAUCCUGAUGAAGCUGUUGCUUAUGGUGCCGCUGUACAAGCUGCUAUUUUGAUCGGUGAUAAAAGUGAAAUGAUUAAAGACGUUUUACUUAUUGACGUAACACCAUUAUCAAUGGGUAUUGAAACAGCUGGUGGUGUUAUGACUAAAUUAGUUGAACGAAAUACACGUAUUCCAUAUAAAAAAACAGAAACAUUUACAACCUAUGCAGAUAAUCAACCAGCAGUUUCUAUUCAAGUUUAUGAAGGUGAACGUUCAAUGACAAAAGAUAAUCAUUUGUUAGGUCAAUUUAAUUUGGAAGGUAUUCCUCCUGCUCCACGUGGUAUACCACAAAUUGACGUUACUUUUGAUUUGGAUGCAAACGGUAUUCUUCAUGUUACUGCUGAAGAUAAAAGUACAGGUCGAAAUAAGAAAAUUGAAAUUAAAAAUGAUAAAGGACGUUUAUCUCAAGCUGAAAUUCAACGUAUGGUAAAUGAUGCAGAACAAUAUCGGGACGAAGAUGAACAAGCGCGUGAACGCGUUAAUGCACGAAAUCGUCUUGAAACAUAUGUAUAUUCAUGUAAACAAGCUAUAGAAAAUUAUAAUGGUUCAGCUAUAAGUUCUUCGGAUAAAUCGACUGUUUUGGGUGCAUGUGAAGAAACACAAAAAUGGUUAGACAGAAAUCGAUUGGCUGAAAAAGAGGAAAUUGAACAUCAGUAUAAAUCAUUAGAAAAGAAAUGUCAGAAAAUUAUGACAAAAAUGCAUGGUGGUGGCGGUGGCGGUGGCGGUGGUAGUGGACAACAAUAUGGUCGCAGUGGAAGCCAUCAUGAUGGUGGUAAUGAUGGUUAUUCAGGUCCACGUGUGGAAGAAGUCGAUUAA